UCUUUCAGUCUUUUUUAGAUUUAACAGAAACCAUGAACAAUAAUAUUAAUUUUCGAUAUUUCAAAUCCAUGUUCUUCCCCAUCAGCCUCCUUGUCAUGAUUUCAUCUCAUAUGUCAAAAGCUUCUGUUGUCUCCACCGGAGAUUUCAAUACGGAUUUCUUCAUCACAUGGUCUCCUAGUCAUGUGAAUACUUCUGCUGACGGCAAAUCAAGAAGCUUGAUGCUCGACCAACAAUCUGGAGCUGGUUUUGCUUCAAACCAGAUGUUCUUAUUCGGGCAGAUUGACAUGCAAAUUAAGCUAGUUCCUGGUCAUUCUGCAGGAACUGUCGUGGCUUAUUAUUUGACAUCAGACCAGCCCAAUCGAGAUGAGAUAGACUUUGAAUUCCUGGGAAAUGUGAGUGGCCAGCCAUACAUCCUUCAGACCAAUGUUUUUGCCGAUGGGUUUGAUAACCGUGAAGAAAGGAUUUAUCUUUGGUUUGAUCCAACCAAGGACUUCCAUACUUAUUCUAUACUCUGGAACCUUCACCAGAUUGUAUUCAUGGUAGAUACGAUACCUAUAAGAGUAUACAGAAAUCAUGCGGACAAGGGAGCUGGAUAUCCGAGGUGGCAGCCAAUGAGCAUAAAGAUCAGCCUAUGGAACGGAGACAGCUGGGCGACACGCGGUGGACACGACAAAAUUGAUUGGUCCAAGGGACCUUUUAUUGCUUCAUUCAGAAACUACAAGAUAGAUGGGUGUGUGUGGGAAGGAAAUCCAAGGUUCUGCAGAGGAGGAAGCAAUAGGAAUUGGUGGAAUAAAGAAAGGUUCAGCAGCCUUACAAGGAUACAGAAGAGAUGGUUUAAAUGGGUUAGAAGGUAUCAUAUGAUAUAUGAUUAUUGCCAAGAUAAUAAAAGAUUCCAAGACAAACUACCCACAGAGUGUUCUCUUCCCAAGUAUUAA